AGGGACAUUUAGAAUGAGAGAAGUAAGACUGUAAGCUUGACUUUCUUGAAUCAAGUCUCAGAAUGAGUUCGCAAGGUUCCGAAGGUCACAGUCCUGUGGAGAUGGCCUGUUCAUUUGAACCUUAUAAGAAGCAUAAAAACGUAGGCAAAUGUCUAAUCAUCAGUAAUGAGGACUUCCGCUCACCACAAUUUUGUAGAAAAGGCUGUUCAGUAGACGAAAACCUACUGUCGAACACGUUCAAGUCCCUGGGUUUUCAUGUUCAGGUGGAGAAGAACUUGUCAGCUAAUGAAAUGAUCGGUGCAUUAAGGAAAGUUUCUAAGGAGAACCACACAGAGAAUUCCUGCUUUGUAUGUGUACUGAUGAGUCACGGAUUGGAAGGAACAAUUCUGGGAUCGGAUGAGCGCUGGAUCCCUAUCAAAUCUCUGACCUCUUUAAUGACCUCUGACUUCUGCCCUACUCUGCGGGACAAACCAAAACUCUUCUUCCUACAGGCCUGCAGGGGGCAGGAAUAUGACCCUGGUGUUGAGGCGGACAGUGUAGAAGCACCAGAGGAAUGUUUUGGAAUAUCUGACGCACCCGAAGCAGAUUUUCUCUGCUGUUAUUCCACAGUGGAAGGGUACUUCGCUUGGAGAAAUCCAGACACAGGCUCUGUAUUUAUCCGUGAACUUUGCAAGAUGUUGAAGGACUGUCAUCUAGAGAUUAUUCAGAUUCUGACAAGAGUAAAUCAUUGCGUGGCCAAUCAGUUCCAGUCUAACACCAAUGACCCGGAUACACAUAGAAAGAGACAAAUGCCGUGCUUUGCCUCCAGACUGACCAAGGAGUUUUACUUUCAUGUGCCAGAGAAGAAAAAGAAAUUUUAAUUUUUAAAUGAUUGACAGCAAUCAGUGAUAUUGUUUGCGAGUCAGCAUUGUAUUAAUAUGUUAGCCCUUAUAUGCAAAUACUUUUCAUUCGGUGUUCUGUAAGAAUACAUUGGUUAAUUAAUUGAUAUGCAAUGGAAGAUCAAUAUCUAAACUGUCUAAGUGCAUGCAAUUAAUUAAAUACUUCAGGUACUU